AUGGUCUCCCCGCUCUGGAAGGCUUGCUCGGAGGGUGACCUCGAAAACGUCCUCGAAUUCCUUAAAUCCGCCUCUAGCAUCGAUAUCGAGAUCAAAGAUCAUACCGGAGCAACGCCUCUCAUUGAAGCCGUCAAAAAUGGUCACACGGAGAUUGUUAGGAUUCUCCUUGAUCGAGGCGCCGAUCCGUCAAACGCGUCGAGCCACGGUUUACCUGAGCAGUUUACCACCGACGAGACCAUCUUGGAACUGAUCAAGAAUGCGCAAAAUAAACUCACUCAAAAUGCUCCCGUGCCUCCCGAGUAUCCUCAGGACCCUAAUGCUGAGACCGCUAAGCAGUACUACCCUCCUCCUCCAGGACCCUACUAUUAUCCCGGCAUGCACCCCGUCCCGCCACUGCCCGAGGGCGCUUUGGCAUACUAUCCGCCAAUGCCUCCCCAGUCUGCGCCAGGUGAAUCUCCCACUGGCAACGGAAACAAUCUUCCGCCCCCGGAGAUCGCACGGAUGAUUCCUUGCAGAUAUUACCCCGCCUGCCGUUACGGUGCUUCUUGUAUGUUUGCUCAUCCGCAAGGCCCGUACUACCAAGGUCCGCCAGCGCAGUAUCCCGCUCCUUACGAUCCCACGAUGCACUAUCCUUCCAAUUAUUAUGUAGUUCCCCCUUCGUUCCCCCCUCCCAACGGUGCUCCCAUGAGCCCUACGUCGCCGCAAGCAGGGCCACAACCAAAUCCACCUCAUCCUUCUAUGGGCCACGGUAGGUCGAGCUCUGAGCUUAUAUCUCCGGUGCAAGGCCACUUCAGUCCCCCGAGUAUGCCACCACCGAUGCCCUAUGGUGCCGUCUCUCCUCUAUCUCCUGCUUAUCCCCACCCCGGAGCCGUGCCCAUCCCUGUGUCUAUUCCGCCGCUACCUCCUCUCAAUCAUUCUGUACCACCACCGCAUGGAGCUCAGUCUCCUCCUGCUAUGUAUCAAAAUGCUCCGCCCAACGGCUCCUUUGCUGUCCGUCCUGAUGCUGUAGCUUUCCCUCCGCACCAAAUCCCCCCGCCGCACCCAGUGGGUGAGCAGAACGGCGGGCCGAAAUCUCCUACAAUGCCUCCCCAGGCGGACGGAUAUCCGCAACCUCCCGUACACCGUGAAGGCAUGUCCCAUCACCGUCGGGGAAGCUUGCGCAAGCCGUCCUUCGGCGGAAGCCGGAAACCACCGUGUUUGUUCUUCCCAUCCGGUAGGUGCAGAAAUGGGGACGAAUGUCGUUUCCCGCACGUCCUUCCUGAUAGUACUGGGUUCCAACAAAACUACCCUCACUUCCCAGGACCUCUGCCGAGAGGCCCUCCCAGGCCUCGUCACCUUUCUAAUGCCGCCAAUGGCGUCGGAAGUAUCGAGGCGAAGAUGGCGGAUAUGACCGUUCGCGACGAUGCAAUCAAUCACCAUGCACGUUCACAGUCAACAGUUGAGCCCCUCAAUCGUGGGCGACCGCUGAACGGGGCCAGGGGAGGAGCCCCGCCAGGACCCAUACCUCGAGUCGAACGGCGAGUUGGCUUAAAACAACGGCUGCCUAGCGCGGAUGAAUUCCCUGCUCUUGCAGGAGCCACGACGCCCCCGAAGCAGAGCCCCGGACUGAAUGGCCACAACGGCCUUAAUGGUCCUACCGCUGCGCAAGUGUUGCAAGCUCCUCCUCCCGCUCGGAAGGACACUCCCCGGGAGUCGCUAUCCAGCAACUCGUCGGAGAGAGGGGGAUCCGUGAAGUCUGACAAGGACUCUAAGCCUGCCGAAGUCAAUGGGAACGCAACUGACGUUGUCAAUGGCAUCGUUAACGGCAUUUCUCAUGACUCGCCAGCCAAAAAGCUUCCUGUUUCCUUUGCUGCUGCGGCUACCGCCAGUCCAGUGUCAGCUGCCCACGAUGCCUCCAAGGAGGUCAGCGUCUCUGCGUGA